AUGGGCGACGCGGACGUAAUGGAUGCCACUAAGGGCGAAGAGCGGCUGACGGCUUGGCUUGACAUGAAGAUUUUGGACGAUAUUCAAUCCGCACUCCAAGACUCCAAUACGAAACCCAUGACGCGUCGAUUCACGGAGUGGUACAAGAGUGGGAAAACCCCAGAUGAGUUCAGUGCGGCAAUCGCGCAAAUAAAAAACGAAAGCAAACGAAAGGGCUUCGGCGCGCUACACUCCCACUACAGGAUGUUCGUCCAAUACGAAGUGAACAAGGCCAAAAGAGCUGCUGAAGCUGCAGCCAAAAAGGCAGCGGAGGCUGCGGCAGCCAUUUAG